AUGACGGCGGUAUCGGGCCGCGAACAGCAGGUGCCCUUCAUCAUCGUGACACAAGAAAGUUGCCAGACACAGCAGGUGGGUGAUGCUGAUGGAGGAGGGCGGCGUUUGUUCAGCACAAAGACAAAUAAAGCGCAAAAGCAUGUUAGCGACCUCACAGUCACGACAGAAUCAGUCCCAGGCUGCCGGUGGAUUCUGAAGGGACUCGAAAAGCUGGUGGAGUGGGCCCGGAUGCGUUUCAAACCCGCCAAAUCCAGAUCAAUGGUGCUGAGGAAAGGGAAGGUAGAAGACAAGUUCCAGUUUAACAUCUCAGGCACAGCCAUUCCAACUAUCACAGAAAAGCCAGUCAAGAGCCUGGGAAAGGUCUUUGACUGCUCUCUGAGAGACACAACAUCUAUCCAGUCAGCAUGUACUGAGUUGGAUGGCUGGCUGAAAUCCGUGGACAAGUCCGGCCUACCUGGGAAGUUUAAAGCAUGGGUUUACCAACAUGGCAUUCUCCCCAGGAUCCUGUGGCCCCUCCUUGUCUACGCGGUCCCUAUCUCUACAGUUGAGACCUUAGAGAGGAGAGUCAGCAACCACCUCCGGAGAUGGCUGGGGCUACCAAGGAGCCUGAGCAGCAUUGCACUCUACGGGAACACCAACAAACUGCAACUGCCCUUCAAGUCCUUGGAGGAGGAAUUCAAGGUAUCGAGAGCCAGAGAAGUGGUUCAGUACAGGGACUCAAGUGAUCCGAUGGUGGCUAAAGCAGGGAUCCAAGUGAGGACUGGCAGGAAUUGGAAGGCAGAGGAAGCAGUUCAAGAGGCAGAUGCAAGGCUGCGUCACAGGAGCCUGGUGGGAGUGGUCACACGAGGUCGAGCUGGGCUAGGAUCUUUUCCAACCCCCCAAAUGAACACCAAGGGGAAGGAAGGGCGACAUCUUGUUCAGGAGGAGGUGAGAGCAGCAGUGGAGGAGACGAGAACCUGCAAGGCAGUGGGAAUGAAGCAACAGGGAGCUUGGACGAGAUGGGAGAAUGCGGUUGAGAGGAAAGUGACCUGGGCUGAGCUCUGGAAAGCCGAGCCUCAACGCAUAAAAUUCCUUAUCCGGGCAGUGUAUGAUGUGCUGCCAAGCCCGUCAAACCUGUACACAUGGGGCAUAGCAGAGACACCAGCAUGCCCAUUGUGUUCCAAGCGAGGAACCCUGGAACACAUCCUCAGUUGCUGUACAAGGGCACUUGGAGAUGGACGGUACAGGUGGAGGCAUGACCAAGUCCUUAAGACCAUCGCUGAAGCCAUCAGCACAGGACUUGAGUGGGCAAAGCAGUUCCGACCCUCCAAGAAAACCAUUGCCUUUGUCAGAGCUGGGGACACGGCAACUCCUGCCAGAAGAACAUCCUCUGCAGGCAUUCUGACGUCUGCAAGAGACUGGCAGGUGUUGGUGGACCUUGAACAUCAGCUGAAGUCCCCCAGCCAUAUUGCAGUCACCACUCUGCGACCAGACAUUGUCCUUGUGUCUGAGUCCACCAAGCAAGCUGUCCUGCUGGAGCUGACAGUUCCGUGGGAAGAUCGCUUGGAAGAGGCCUUUGAGAGGAAACUCUCCAAGUACGCAGGACUGGUCAGCAAUUGUCAGCAGGCUGGUUGGAGAGCAAGGUGUUUCCCCGUGGAAGUUGGAUGCAGAGGAUUUGCAGCCCGUUCCUUGGCCAGAGCCUUCAGCAGUUUCGGCAUCGAGGGAGAGAGAAAGAGGAGAGCCAUACGCAGUAUCACUGAUGCGGCUGAGAGAGCCUCAAGAUGGCUGUGGCUCAAAAGAGGGGAGCCAUGGAGUCAUGGUAGCUAG